GAAGAGACCCCCGGGCGCUAUUCCGCACCACCGCAGCCCCGCACGAAGCCGCCGCUCGCAUCGGGGCCGCCCCUGAGCCCGCGGAGCGCGGCGCGACCGCAUCGUGACGCAGCAGCGGGACCGUCCGCAACGGCACUGCCAGCGCGGAGCGCGCCGGGCCGCGGCGGGGCCACCCGGAGGAAGGCAAGCGGCCGAGGGCGGGGCCCGAUCCCGCACCGGCGCGGGGAGGCGGCACCUGGGUCCUUCCCCGGCUCCAUCACCCGGCGGCGGCCGCUGAACGGCGGAGCGGAGCGCGGCGCGGGGUGAGGCGAGGUCUUUACGACUAUGCUGAGUCACCAAAAAUGUCCAUAGAAGAAUAAUGGAAGCCCCUGAAUACCUUGAUUUGGAUGAGAUAGACUUUAGUGAUGAUAUAUCGGAGGUGACUAAGAAGCUGUCAACUUGCCAGUACUCUAUAACUUCUCUCAAGACUAUCCCAGAAUUAUGUAGAAGGUGUGAUUCACAAAAUGAAGACAGAUCAGUUUCCAGCAGCAACUGGAACUGUGGUGGCUCUGCUCUUAUCGGAAAUGCACAGAAACCAACAGGAAUUGCAGAUGCGUGCAAUAAAUUCAGACCAGUGAAGAGGGUUUCCCCAUUAAAGCAUCAGCCGGAGAGCUCUGAGAACAAUGAAAGUGAUGACCAAAAGAACCAGAAGGGUGAAUACCAGAAAGGCAGUGACUCUCAGCCUGCACCUCCAAAUGAUGACCAGAGCCCAGGAGAAGGAGAAAACCUUAAAAGUAAAAACAUUGAGCCUACUGUUCUGCUUGGGGAGCUGGAGCACUAUGACCUGGAUAUGGAUGAAAUUUUGGAUGUGCCUUACAUUAAAUCAAAUCAGCAACUUGUUCCUUUCACAAAGGUAGCCCCUGAGAAAAAAAUUUCUGGUGUAUGCUCAACAGUGAAUGGUGUUAGUGGCAAGACCUGCUCUACAGAGAGCACAGAGCCUGCUGGGGUGACACAGUUCUGUGUUCUCUCUCCUGUGAAAGGCUCUCAGCUGAGAAAAACGCAGCCCAUUGUUGUUGAUCAGCACAAGCAUUUAACAGAAGAAUUAGAGCUUUCCCAGCCUUUAGCGAAGUGUAGCUCAGUCCAUGAAUCUGAAGCCCAGGGCAAAGGGUUCCUCUGUAGGACAUUUGUUGGUCCUCAGACUCACAAAACUGGGAAGACUAUGCCAAACUGCCACCUAAGGACUUUUCACCUGCAGACAGCAGUGGCAGAGAGCAAGCAGCUUGAGGAACUGAAUAUGAGCUGGAGCAGGGCAGGGGGGCCAGAAGAGAGGAGUGAAGAGGUGAAAAAAUUUAAGAGCAUCUUAAACAUUGUAAAGGAGGGGCAAAUAUCAUUACUGCCACAUUUAGCAGCAGAUAAUCUGGAUAAGAUUCAUGAUGAAUGUGACAACAAUCUGUUGCAUGUAGCAGCAUCAAAAGGACAUGCAGAAUGCCUGCAGCAUCUCACUUCUUUGAUGGGUGAAGACUGCUUGAAUGAAAGAAACAUGGAGCAGCUAACUCCAGCUGGUUUAGCAAUAAAGAAUGGUCAGCUGGAGUGCGUUCGGUGGAUGGUGAGCGAAACAGAAGCUAUUGCAGAACUAAGUUGCUCAAAAGAUCACCCAAGCCUUAUUCAUUAUGCUGGCUGCUAUGGUCAGGAGAAAAUCCUUCUAUGGCUUCUUCAGUUUAUGCAAGAACAAGGGAUUUCACUGGAUGAAGUUGAUCAGGAUGGAAAUACUGCUGUUCACAUAGCUGCUCAACAUGGCUAUCUAGGAUGUAUACAGACAUUAGUUGAAUAUGGAGCAAAUGUCACCAUGCAAAACCACAUGGGAGAGAAACCCUCACAAAGUGCUGAGCGACAUGGGCACACGAUGUGUUCCCGCUACCUAGUGGUGGUGGAGACCUGUAUGUCAUUGGCCUCUCAGGUUGUCAAGCUAACAAAGCAACUAAAGGAGCAGACAGUAGAACGUGUGACGUUGCAGAACCAACUCCAACAACUUUUAGAGGCCCAGCGAUCAGAGGGCAAGUCUCUGCCCACAUCCACAAGCUCACCAUCAUCCCCUGCCUCUGGCAAACCCCAGUGGAAACCAUCUGAAGCAGAUGAAUUGUCUCCACCGAAAAGUAAAUUGAACGCCCAAGAUGGGAUUCAGAUUCUUGGCAGCUUGGGAACUUCUAGUCGCACUCGAGCCAAGAUGAAAGAUGAGGACUCAGAUAAAAUCUUGCGCCAGUUGUUGGGAAAGGAAAUCUCUGAAAAUGUCUGUAUGCAGGAAAAACUGACCUUGGAAUUUCAGGAUGCUCAUGCAUCCUCCAAGAACGUGAAGAAGAUUUUGCCAGAGAAAAGGGAGCUGAAGUUAGCCAGACUGAGGCAGCUUAUGCAGAGGUCUCUCAGUGAGUCUGACACAGACUCAGCUAAUUCUGAGGAUCAUAAGAACACUCCUGUGAAAAGAACUGACAAACUAAGGCCUCAACCCAUAGUGGAAAGUGUUGAGAGUACAGAGAGUUUGCACCUGAUGAUUAAGAAGCAUACUUCAGCAGCAGGGCGCCGCUUCCCUUUUAGUACCAGAGCUUCUAAGUCAGUGGAUGGCCACAGCCCUUCCCCUACUUCAGAGAGCAGCGAUCCAGAUAACGAGGCUCAGUAUCAAUCUGGUACUGUACCUCAGGGCCAGUUUUGUGGAGACAGCUCUCCUUCCAGCACAGACGGUGCUGCUGCUCAAAAGGUUGCCACAAGCCCUAAGAGUGCACUUAAGUCUCCAUCUUCAAAACGCAGAACCUCGCAAAAUUUGAAACUCAGAGUGACUUUCGAGGAGCCUGUGGUGCAGGUGGAGCUAGCUGAGGCAGAGCUAAAUGAGGAAAAGGAUAAAGAACGGGGCAAAGCACUUUCACGGGCUCCACCCACCACUGGAGAACCAUCAGGGGACCAGCUAAAAAGGCCUUUUGGAACCUUUAGAUCCAUAAUGGAGACACUGAGUGGUAACCAAAAUAAUAACAACAACUGUCAAACGGCAAAUCUGAUCAAAACCUCAUCGACGCUGCCUUUUUCGUCGUUAGGAAGAAAGACAGCAGACAGCAAGGGAAACCCAGCAGCUCUGACAAAAGGAAGAAACAAGCCAGGGCCUUGCUUCAGCCACACCAAUCUUUCCUCUAGCACACUGAAUGAAGAACAUCUGUGUAACUAUGCUUGGCAUGAUAACAUCAGUAGGAAAAGCCAGAAGUCUUACAGUCAAAAGAGUUCAGAAGAGACGGAGCCGCAGGAACUCUUCCUCUAAACCAUAUCUUGUGAUGUCUCACUUUGUCUGAAAUGCCUGAAAUGAAUCCCUUUGAAACACUGAUAUGAGACAUAUCCCUCACCAGCAAAACAGCAACUGUUAGGAUGCCUUAAUUCGUAGCAGUUAGACCAUAUUCAAAACUUUUUUUAUGAUAUAUGUGUAUAUGUAACUUGUUUGUAAACUGUACUAUGUAAAGGCAUGGGUGAGCAAAAGCAACAAUUUGAGAAUUGCUGUGACACAGGCAACCUCCAAAAUGUUGGGCCACAAAACACAUUUUGUACUUUGUCUCUUGCAUGGAUAUGUUGUCAUAUAUCUUUUGUUCCCUUUGUCAAUGAAAUAUGCUGUCAAAGUUUCAGUCAGGACUCUGCCUGCUCAGCUCUUCAAUGAGACAGAGGCAAAAGCAUUGAUUCAAGUAAGUUUUGUUUGGUUUUAUUUCUACUUUUUGUAAAAAAGGAAAUAAAGACACUGUUAAAUAGAAA